UCCUACCGGGCGCGAGUGGGUGCGACUGGCGUCCUCCGGCCGCGCAGGGCGGGGGACGAGGCUUCGGACCCGGAGGCAGAGCAGCCGGAGGGGAAGGAGGAGCGGCGGCUGGCGCGCCGACCCGCGGGCAGGCGGGUGCGCAGCCCGAAGAGGCGGCCUCCGUGCUGCCCGGCCCGGCGGCAGCUCAGGAAGCUCUGGAUCUCAUCUGCGUCUCACGGGCUGGCGAUGCCCAGGGAAUAGCCCCCAAGAGCAUGCGUGGCCUCUAGACACACCCACCAGAUCCUUCCCCUCACAGUCCGCCUGACCUGUUGCUUAGGGACACGUCCACCGCUUCUCCUGACGUCUGCCCGAUCAGCCAUCGCUUCCUCAGAGAACAAGGAGGGAGGCAGGCGCGCGAAAUCAUGCCACCGACCGCUGAGCAGCAAUGAGUGGGUGAUACCGAGUUGACGUCAAAGUCAGACAAGCCCAAGAGACUCUCCGCAGCCCCGGCUCCUUCCUCCUCCGCACAGCCUGAGCGGGGCUCCUCCUGGCGAAGCCGCCUCGGCCCGACCCAGUCUGUGGUCUUCAGACCCUCGGACCCUGGACACCAUGGAGAAUCACAUGUUCAGUGUCCAGCAAAUCCAACCCAACGUGAUUUCUGUCCGCCUCUUCAAGCGCAGAGUGGGGGGCUUGGGGUUCCUGGUGAAGGAGCGGGUGAGCAAGCCCCCCGUGAUCGUCUCCGACCUGAUUCGAGGGGGUGCCGCCGAGCAGAGCGGCCUCAUCCAGGCCGGAGACAUCAUCCUCGCGGUCAACGGCCAGCCGUUGGUGGACAUGAGCUACGCCAGCGCCCUGGAGGUGCUCAGGGGCAUCGCCUCCGAGACCCACGUGGUCCUCAUUCUGAGGGGCCCGGAGGGCUUCACCACGCACCUGGAGACCACCUUUACUGGGGACGGGACCCCCAAGACCAUCCGGGUGACACGGCCCCUGGGCCCCCCCACCACGGCUGUCGAUCUGUCACACCAGUCGUCAGCCUGCAAAGAGCAGCCGCUGGCGGUGGACGGGGCCACGGGCCCCAGCAACGGGCCCCAGCACGCCCAGGACAACGGGCCAGAAGCUGGCUCGCUGUCCCACACCAACGGCCUGGACCCUGCCAAGAAAAAUGCCGGGGCCGCCCGUCAGUGCAGUGAGGAGCACAAUGAGUUGCUCAAAGAGAUCAAGCCUGUGCUGAACCUUCUCACCUCGGCUGACAGAGGGAUCAACGGAGGGGGACCUGCCAAGGCGGAGACAAAAGAUGCAGAAGUUCAGGUGGACAGAGACCUGGAUGCCAAGUCACACAAACCUCUGCCCCUCGGCGUGGAGAAUGACCGUGUCUUCAAUGACCUGUGGGGGAAGGGCAACGUGCCUGUGGUCCUCAACAACCCGUAUUCAGAGAAGGAGCAGGCCCCUGCCUCGGGAAGACAGUCCCCCCCAAAGAACGGCAGCCCCUCCAAGUGCCCCCGCUUCCUCAAGGUCAAGAACUGGGAGACCGACGUGGUUCUCACGGACACCCUCCACCUUAAGAGCACGUUGGAAAUGGGAUGCAGCGAGCGCAUCUGUAUGGGCUCCAUCAUGCAGCCUUCUCAGCAGAUACGGAGGCCUGAAGACGUCCGCACUAAAGAGCAGCUCUUCCCUCUCGCCAAAGAGUUCAUUGAUCAGUACUACUCGUCCAUUAAAAGAUUUGGCUCCAAAGCCCACAUGGAGAGGCUGGACGAGGUGAACAAGGAGAUUGAAACCACCAGCACCUACCAGCUCAAAGACACAGAGCUCAUCUAUGGGGCCAAGCACGCCUGGAGGAAUGCCUCCCGCUGUGUCGGCAGGAUCCAGUGGUCCAAGCUGCAGGUGUUUGAUGCCCGCGACUGCACCACGGCUCAUGGGAUGUUCAACUACAUUUGCAACCACAUCAAGUACGCCACCAACAAAGGGAACCUCAGGUCCGCCAUCACCAUAUUUCCCCAGAGGAUCGACAGCAAGCACGAUUUCCGAGUCUGGAACUCCCAGCUUAUCCGCUAUGCUGGCUACAAGCAGCCUGAUGGCUCUAUCCUGGGGGACCCAGCCAAUGUGGAGUUCACAGAGAUCUGCAUCCUGCAGGGCUGGAAGCCCCCGAGAGGCCGCUUCGACGUCCUGCCACUCCUACUCCAGGCCAACGGCAAUGACCCCGAGCUCUUCCAGAUUCCCCCAGAGCUGGUGCUGGAAGUGCCCAUGAGGCACCCCAAGUUUGAGUGGUUCAAGGACCUGGGGCUGAAGUGGUACGGCCUCCCCGCUGUGUCCAACAUGCUGCUGGAGAUUGGCGGCCUGGAGUUCAGCGCCUGUCCCUUCAGCGGCUGGUACAUGGGCACGGAGAUCGGCGUCCGCGACUACUGUGACAACUCUCGGUACAACAUCCUGGAGGAAGUGGCCAAGAAGAUGAACUUGGACACGAGAAAGACGUCCUCCCUGUGGAAGGACCAGGCGCUGGUGGAGAUCAACAUUGCAGUUCUCUACAGCUUCCAGAGUGACAAAGUGACCAUCGUCGACCACCACUCGGCCACCGAGUCCUUCAUUAAGCACAUGGAGAAUGAAUACCGCUGCCGGGGGGGCUGUCCGGCAGACUGGGUGUGGAUCGUGCCCCCCAUGUCUGGCAGCAUCACCCCUGUCUUCCACCAGGAGAUGCUCAACUACCGGCUCACCCCCUCCUUCGAAUACCAGCCGGACCCUUGGAACACCCACCUCUGGAAAGGCACCAACGGGACCCCCACCAAGCGGCGAGCCAUCGGCUUCAAGAAGCUGGCAGAAGCCGUCAAGUUCUCGGCCAAGCUGAUGGGGCAGGCAAUGGCCAAGAGGGUCAAGGCGACCAUCCUGUAUGGCACAGAGACGGGGAAAUCGCAGGCCUAUGCCAAAACCCUGUGUGAGAUCUUCAAGCACGCCUUCGAUGCCAAGGUGAUAUCCAUGGAAGACUAUGACAUUGUGCACCUGGAACAUGAAACGCUGGUCCUGGUGGUCACCAGCACCUUUGGCAAUGGAGACCCCCCUGAAAAUGGGGAGAAGUUCGGCUGUGCUUUGAUGGAAAUGAGGCACCCCAACUCUGUGCAGGAGGAAAGGAAGUACCCGGAACCCUUGCGUUUCUUUUCCCGUAAAGGGCCUCCCCUCCCCCGAGCUGACACAGAAGUCCAUGGUCUGGCUGCAGCCCGUGACAGCCAGCACAGGAGCUACAAGGUCAGGUUCAAUAGUGUUUCCUCCUAUUCCGACUUGCACAAAUCAUCAGGCAAUGGGCCGAACCACAGAGACAACUUUGAGAGCACCGGCCCCCUGGCAAAUGUGAGGUUCUCAGUGUUUGGCCUUGGCUCGAGAGCAUACCCGCACUUCUGCGCCUUUGGCCACGCUGUGGACACCCUCCUGGAAGAGCUGGGAGGAGAGAGGAUCCUGAAGAUGAAGGAAGGGGAUGAGCUCUGUGGGCAGGAGGAGGCGUUCAGGACCUGGGCCAAGAAGGUCUUCAAGACAGCCUGUGACGUGUUCUGCGUGGGAGAUGAUGUCAACAUUGAGAAGGCGAACAACUCCCUCAUCAGCAAUGACCGCAGCUGGAAGAGGAACAAGUUCCGCCUCACCUACGUGGCCGAAGCUCCAGAGCUCACACAAGGUCUAUCCAACAUGCACAAGAAGCGGGUCUCAGCCGCUCGUCUUCUCAGCCGUCAGAACCUUCAGAGUCCUAAAUCCAGCCGGUCAACCAUCUUCGUGCGUCUCCACACCAAUGGGCAUCAGGAGCUGCAGUACCAGCCUGGGGACCACCUGGGCGUCUUCCCUGGCAACCAGGAGGACCUGGUGAAUGCCCUGAUCGAGCGGCUGGAAGACGCGCCCCCUAUCAACCAGCUGGUGAAAGUGGAGCUGCUGGAAGAGCGGAGCACGGCUCUGGGAGUCAUCCGCAACUGGACGGAUGAGCGCCGCCUCCCGCCCUGCACCAUCUUCCAGGCCUUCAAGUACUACCUGGACAUCACCACGCCGCCCACGCCCCUGCAGCUGCAGCAGUUCGCCUCCCUGGCCACCAGCGAGAAAGAGAAGCAGCAGCUGCUGGUCCUCAGCAAGGGCUUGCAGGAGUACGAGGAAUGGAAAUGGAGCAAGAACCCCACCAUCGUGGAGGUGCUGGAGGAGUUCCAGUCCGUCCAGAUGCCCGCCACCCUGCUCCUGACCCAGCUGUCCCUCCUGCAGCCUCGUUACUACUCCAUCAGCUCCUCCCCGGACAUGUACCCCGAGGAGGUGCACCUCACCGUGGCCAUCGUCUCCUACCGCACUGGAGAUGGAGAAGGACCAGUUCACCACGGCGUGUGCUCCUCCUGGCUCAACCAGAUACAGUCCGACGAAGUGGUCCCCUGUUUCGUGAGAGGAGCGCCCGGCUUCCACCUGCCCCGAAACCCCCAAGUGCCCUGCAUCCUGAUUGGCCCGGGCACCGGCAUCGCCCCUUUCCGAAGCUUCUGGCAGCAGCGGCAGUUUGAUAUCCAACACAAAGGAAUGAGUCCCUGCCCCAUGAUCCUGGUCUUCGGGUGCCGGCAGUCCAAGGUGGACCACAUCUACAGGGAGGAGACCCUGCAGGCCCGGAAUGCGGGAGUCUUCAGAGAACUGUACACGGCCUACUCCCGGGAGCCCGACAGACCAAAGAAGUAUGUGCAGGACAUCCUGCAGGAGAAGCUGGCGGAGCCGCUGUACCAGGCCCUGAGGGAGCAGGGGGGCCACAUCUAUGUGUGCGGGGACGUCACCAUGGCCGCCGACGUUCUCAAGGCCGUCCAGCGCAUCAUGGCGCAGCAGGGGAAGCUCUCGGUGGAGGACGCGGGCGUGUUCAUCAGCCGGCUGAGGGAUGACAACCGCUACCAUGAGGACAUCUUCGGGGUCACGCUGCGAACGUAUGAAGUGACCAACCGCCUUAGGUCCGAAUCCUCGAUCGCCUUCAUUGAGGAGAGCAAAAAGGACACCGACGAGCUGUGUGCUGGGCAUCGUGCCGAUGGAGACACUCAGAGGCCCAGUGCCCUCCGUGCCCGGCCUCCUGCCUCCACCCUGUUCUCCAUGUUGCUGUGUUGUCCUUGUGAUUGUAAGACCCACUCUGGGUUCGGCAGUGAUUUCCCGGAAGGCUGAGCGAGAGCGGUCGGUCGGUCGGUCGGUCGGUUGGUCUGUGCCCGUGGGAUUCCAUUCCGGGGUUGGGAACUGGGGGGGUGGGCAGAGCGUUGUCUCAUCUGACCACACACCCCAUCAGGAACGCGGACUCCCCCUACCUCUGAGCUCUCGAUGCUGCUGUCUCCGCCAAGUGUCCCGUGCGCUCCGGCACCUUCCUCAGAGGACCGCCGCCCGCCUCACGCUCUUUGCAAGGCCGUCCAGGCUGUGUUCACCGCAUGCUCUUCCUCUGUAUAGUUCUCAUCUUCUAAAUGGGUGGAAUUCAAGCAAAAAUCUACUUAUGCCUGUUUGCAUUAUGGUUAAAACAUUAAAAAGUGGCCCUGA